CCCGGGCGGGGAGCUCGCUGGAAAGGCUCCUCUCGGGCCCUAGGGGGAGCCCUGCCUGGGCCGCCUUCCUCCGCCCCUCUCCUCCCCUCUCCUCCCCCUGGUCUGUCCCGCCUCCUCCACUACCUCCACUCUCUGCUACCCAGGAAGGCCGGGCGAGUUGCAAGGGCUGCUUUCGCUUUCCCUUCCCCGUGCCCAGGGCUCGUUCCUCGUGCGGCGCAAGGCCCCCCGCCCGGCCAUGGCCACGCUCAGGGUGCAGCCUGAAGCCCAAGCCAAGGUGGAUGUGUUCCGUGAAGACCUUUGUACCAAGGCAGAAAACCUGCUCGGGAGUUAUUUCCCCAAGAAGAUUUCUGAAUUGGAUGCAUUUUUAAAGGAGCCAGCUCUCAAUGAAGCCAACCUGAGCAAUCUAAAGGCCCCCUUGGACAUCCCCGUGCCUGAUCCAGUCAAGGAGAAAGAGAAGGAGGAACGGAAGAAACAGCAGGAGAAAGAAGACAAGGAUGAAAAGAAGAAAGGGGACGACGAAGACAAAGGUCCUCCUUGUGGCCCAGUGAGCUGCAACGAGAAAAUUGUGGUCCUCCUGCAGCGCCUGAAGCCUGAGAUCAAGGAUGUCAUUGAGCAGCUCAACCUGGUCACCACCUGGUUGCAGCUGCAGAUACCUCGGAUUGAGGAUGGAAACAACUUUGGAGUGGCUGUCCAGGAGAAGGUGUUUGAACUGAUGACCACCCUUCACACCAAGUUGGAAGGCUUCCACACUCAAAUCUCUAAGUACUUCUCUGAGCGAGGCGAUGCAGUGACCAAAGCAGCCAAGCAGCCCCAUGUGGGUGACUAUCGGCAGCUGGUGCACGAGUUGGAUGAGGCAGAGUACCGGGACAUCCGGCUAAUGGUCAUGGAGAUCCGCAAUGCUUAUGCUGUGUUAUAUGACAUCAUCCUAAAGAACUUCGAGAAGCUCAAGAAGCCCAGAGGAGAAACAAAGGGAAUGAUCUACUGAGAGCCUCCUGCCUCACUCUCCAAUGGCUUCAGCAGACAUCCUCCUGCCUUUUACCAGGGAUUCCAGGCUUCCCCCCCUCCCCCACCUUAUCCUGUUGAGGUUUCUCUCUCACCUUGCCUCUCGGGCACAAUAAAUACUGUCAUACUGGUGCCCAUCA